UUUUAAAACACAUUUUUAGGAAGAUAUAUUAUUAAUCGUACGCGGUAACCGCUUGUUAUAAAUAAGUGGAUAAAAAUGGCGUUGCCACUAGAUGGACGUUUAAAUUUUUAGUUUAUUAAGUACUUAGUACUGAGAUCUAAAUCAGAACGUCUUAAUGCACUAAGAAAACAAUACGACUCGUUCCUGGAUGAAGACAAAAAGCGUAAAGAACGAAAUGAGUUCAUUUUGGGGAGACUUGAAAAAAUGCGCUUGUAUACCCCUGCUGUGGUACCAGUUCGCUAUAAUAUGGGAAAUCCACAAAUAAGUAAAUAUAAUUUUUUAACCCAAGAACGACCUGAGUAUCAUAGAAAAAUAAGAUUUGAUGACACUCCAAUAUUACCCUCAAGACAAAUAAGCGUACCAGCAGUCUGCGUAACAAAAGAUGAAGAAACAAUAUUGCAAGAGAUAAGUAAAAAAUACAUACUAAUUCCAAAACUUCGGUUUACAAGUGAAAAUAAUGUAAUGAUUCAUAAUCCAUCAAGUGCAAAUAAUGAUGCUGAUUGGAGGAAAAAAUAUAAUAUUUUGGAUGAGCUAAAGAAAAUUGAAAAAGAAGGGUCAUCAGAGAUUUCCAUGGAUCAGCCAGAUAAACCUUACGAUAAUUUCAAAAAUGAUCAUGAAUUUAAUAUAGCUGCUUCAAACAAUAUAAGAGAACAGCAAAAACAGAAUAUAAACAGAGAUCCCGUUCUUCAUACAUCGCAAAACGAUGAACAUGUGUCUAAAUUAAAAACAAAUAAGACCAAAACGGCACGAAUAGAUGAUCUUAAUUAUAAUGUUGACUGCAAACCGCUUUUAGAAAAUAAACAAACCAAAAUUUCUAACAUUGCAGCCAGUUCUGAUUAUGAAAAUGAAGUUGUAUGUGAACCCGAUUUGGAUAUUAACAUAGAACAAAAUCAUAUUACCGAUUCGAAUGAGCUCAGUAAAGAACUUUAUCCACAUGAAAAUGUAAUUAAAGCGGAACAAAAAAAUGAAAAUAUAAACAAAGACAAGUUACCCUAUAGUCAGGUUCAAAAUAUUCAAGAAAACGAAUUUAAAAUUUCAGACAACCUUGUUCCAAAAAAGAAAGAUAUAGAGAAUAUAAAAAGUGAAUUCGAUACUGAAAAUGAUACACCAGACUUAGAAAACUCUAAAAUUCAUGAUAGUAAUUUUGCGGUAGAAUUAAAUGAAAAAGGAAAUACUGAACAUAAUUUGAAUAAAGAUGAAAUAGUUGUACCCCCUGUCGAAACUGUCAAAAAUCAAGAACCAUAUUUAGUUGUUAGUCCAAAAGAACACGAUACAGAAAAUAUUCAACAACAACAAUAUGAACCGAAAGGUGAGACGUCAAACAUUAGUGACAAUAAUAUUCCUUCACAAAUAGAUGACUUCGAAGCAGAACAAAAAGAAAUGUUCUACUCAGAAGAAACUAAUUACAAUCAAAAUGUUGAUAGAGCAGGAAAUAAUACGCAAAAUGAGGAAUAUACAAAUGAACAAUAUUCUUAUUACAAUGAAUCUCAACAAGAUCAGCCUUAUUAUUCAGAAAUCAAUGAACACGAAGAGUCAACGGAACGUUAUGAUCCUAAUUACCAACCGCAGUAUGUUGGAAAUUACGAAGAAAAUGUUAAUGAUGCUCAUUAUGAUAACCAACAAUAUGAAGGAGAUAUAUUUGAAAAUCAACAAGACGUCACAAAUGUAAAUUAUGAACAACGGCCUGAUCAGCAAGAAGUAUUAAAUGUAAAUUAUGAACAACGGCCUGAUCAGCAAGAAGUAUUAAAUUUAAAUUAUGAACAACGGCCUGAUCAGCAAGAAGUAUUAAAUGUAAAUUAUGAACAACGGCCUGAUCAGCAAGAAGUAUUAAAUGUAAAUUAUGAACAACGGUCUGAUCAGCAAGAAGUAUUAAAUGUAAAUUAUGAACAACAGCCGGAUCAGCAAGAAGAAUUAAAUGUAAAUUAUGAACAACAGCCGGAUCAGCAAGGGUUAAAUGUAAAUUAUGAACCACAGCCAGAUCAGCAAGAAAUUUCAAAUGUAAAUUAUGAAGAAACGCCAGUUAAUUACGAAUAUGAAAACACUGGGCAUUUUGAUGAUUCGAAUCCAAGUCACGUUGAAGAUAAAAGUGUUUAUGAUGGUCAAGCGAGUCAACAGGUUAACUAUGAAAAUCAAAUAUAUGAUGAAGUGGGUGAGGUUGAACAUCCUAGGAAUCCCGACCAGAAUUUAUAUGAAAGUCAACAAAACUAUGAAGAACAAAAUACAGAACCAGAACAAAUACAAAAUUUUGAUCAACAACUAGAUGGAGAAGGUUUUACAGCAACUAAAAACACAAUUCCCGAUAAACCUGCUACUGAAUUAGAAAAUAUGAAUCAAAUAUUAAAGUAACUUAAACAACAAUCAACACUAACUCAUAAGCCUAAAAUUUGAGUUUUUGACUUUAUUUCACACUAACGGUCGAGUCUAAGUAAUUUCCUAUUCAAACUUUGUUCCGCUAUAAUCUACAUGGUUUAUUGAGAGUUUAGUCGCCCGCUUGUGCUUACUACCUUUACUUGGCUCCUAAGGAUCGUUACAUUUUAAUAAAAUAAAUUUAAAUAAGGUAAAUAGUUUAAAGCCUUAUUUUUUCAGUAAAAGAAUAAUUUUCAGCCUGAAAUAAUAGUAUUUGUUUAUUAUACCGUACCUCAAUACUAUGUAUGUAAUACAAAAAUGUUAAUCUGUAGUCGAUAUAAAGUCCGGAAUACAGAAUACUAUAUUGUUCCUAUGAUCCUAUCUCUUAUAAAUAACCGACAAGUAUAUAUCCAUGUUAUUAUGACGUAUAAUUUAGAGACAAUGAAAAAAAAUCAUGAGAUGGCCAAUAGCAUCAACAUUACAUAUGACCCUAAGUUAAAGCGGGUGAAACUGCGAGACAACAGACAUUUAUUA